GGUGGAGGGGGCAGCGCUCGGCCGGGCGGUAGGGACGGGGGUGGGUCAGGAAUAGCUCUCGCCUCGCUGCCUCCCCCGGGGGGGAGGAUCCCGGUCCUUCCUCCGGCAUUUCCUCGCCUGUCCCCUUGCCACCUCCGUGCGCCCAGCCCUCGCCCUCUCAGGAGAGCUGCCCCCACCCCCUCACCACGGGACGAGAGGGCUGUCGGUGUGAGGAGGCCCGGGGACUGGGGAGAGACGGCGAUCCCUCGCUCCUCCCCCCCGCAGCCGCCCCCGUUUCCAGCGGGGCAGCUGGGAGCGUGGGGGCGGAGGGGGGCCCGGGACUGCGGAGUGCCCCGGCUGCCGGCCUGGGGGCCAUGGAGCAGGUCCAGAUGAUCAACAUCCAGCGGCUGCUGGAGGCGGCCGAGUAUCUGGAGCGAAGGGAGAGAGAGUGUGAACAUGGCUAUGCCUCGACAUUCCCCUCGGUUCCAAGUCCUGGACUACAAGACCCAAAGCCCCCACGGAGGCUGAGCCGGGCAAGGAAACACAGCGGCAGUGGCAGCAAUGCAAGUAUUGCCAGCAGGUCUACGCACAACGAACUAGAAAAGAACCGCCGAGCUCACCUCCGCCUGUGUCUAGAACGCUUAAAAGUUCUGAUACCGCUGGGACCAGACUGCACCAGGCACACCACUCUUGGGCUGCUCAACAAAGCCAAAGCACAUAUCAAGAAACUUGAAGAGGCUGAGAGGAGAAGCCAGCACCAGCUUGAGAACCUGGAACGAGAACAAAGAUUCCUAAAGAGAAGACUGGAACAACUACAGGGUCCUCAGGAGAUAGAGCGAAUACGAAUGGACAGCAUUGGAUCUACCAUUUCCUCGGACCGCUCGGACUCGGAGCGAGAAGAGAUUGAAGUGGAUGUUGAAAGCACAGAGUUCUCCCAUGGAGAAGUGGACAAUAUCAGCACAACCAGCAUCAGUGACAUUGAUGAUCACAGCAGCUUGCAGAGUAUUGGGAGUGACGAGGGUUACUCCAGCGCCAGCGUCAAGCUCUCGUUUGCUUCCUAGAACCAAGUGAGACAACAGUGCAGGGCGAAUGAUUUCACUGGGGUGAUCAAACUGGGUCCUAGAUGCCAGUAUCCUCUUUCAGAAAUGACAUCUUAACAGCUAGUCCUGGAGAGACCUGUAUAUAAAGCUUUUUGGGCAAAGGAAGCCUCCACAGAAACCCACAUGUGUUCAUUUGGUCAUGUUACUGAUCCCAAUUCCUGCUGGUAUAAAAAGUUAGACCAAGCACUAGUCCCUUUGAAGUCAGUGAAAUCCAUUUGUUUCUGUGGGACCUGGAUGUAGACCUUAGUGAUGAAACACUUUGUUUUGAAUUUAUUUGUUUGAAAGAGGAUACUAGAGACUCAUCCCUCUCCUUCUGUCAUGAGAUCUGAGAAACGUCAGAAUUUCUUCUAUUGCAUUCAGGUUGAACAACAUAGUUUAGGCCCUUCUGAAGAGCUUUUGUGGUCCUGAAAGGACCUACAGUUUAUCACAAUCCAAUGCUGUUGUAACGUACUAGGAAAUCUAAGAAGGCUUACGGCAGCCUAGGAAUAACGAUGAUAAUAAUGACUAAGGUCUCAUUCUGUGCCCAGAGAGAGGGGGGCAGCCAGGAGAGAUGUUCAGGAGAGAACACCAUUCAGCUCAGCUUUCUGUUGGACGUUAUGUUAAAAGCAAGUACCUCUGAUGCGUGGCUAAAGCAAGAGGUACACACUUGCAAUCUACCAGCACGCCGUGGGCUGUGUCGUGCCUCAGGCUGUGCUCACACGCAGGCACACGGCCAGCUGAGGACAGAGAGAAACCAGCACAUAGGAGAGGUGAUAUGCCAGAAAGUCAUGCCCAGAUACUGAGCCACUCUGACCUUUUUAUUUGAAGAGAUUUUUUGAUAAACAUUUGUAAAUGUGUUGGGAGGGAAAACACCCCAAGUCUGAUGCGUCUUUUUAGAGCUUGUGCAUACAAAACCUUAGCUGUCUUUUAUAUGAAUUUAUGCCACGAGAAGAUCUCUGUUUUGAUGAAGCACUUGACCCAAUGAAAUGCGAAGAUGCUUUUUGCUGUGCACAGGAUGGAUGAAGGCUGUGCUAGCUGGAAGAGGCCGGGUUUGGUGGGGGUUUCUUCAGUUUUCUUUUUAGAAUCAUUCCCUUUGCUGACUUUUGAAGUUCAGUCCAGUAGUUAACCCAGUUAAGCUCAGCACAUCUCUCAUGUUAAUGUAACGUUUUGACUGCACGUCCUGUUCCCAAGGGCCUUGCCAUCUUAUCUGUGCAGGUGCUGUUCAGAGCUAUUAUAGCAACUGUUUUCUAAUCUUCUCAGAGACGAGCUUCUAACCUGCACUUUGAGGGCUUUGCUUUGUUUUUUUAUUUUAUUUUUGUCUUUUUAAUGGCCAGGAUUAUUUUGUUUAAUAGAGUCCUCACCUAUGGCAUUGUUUGAAACUUUGUAUGUCCUUAAGUAAUUUAACUACUCCUCAUUACUAAGAAAAAAAAAAGAGGAAAAAAUGCUUUAUAAAAUUCAUAACUUAUUGCUGAUUUGAAUGGGUUGUUAAUUUCAGUCCUUUAGAUUUUAUUUUAUUGUUUUAGGUAGGGUUGGGGAAAAAAAAAAGAGGUAAAAUAAAAAAAAUGAAGACAACCAUAUUUAGCAGUGCAGUGGAAUUGUGUUUAAAUGUUAGCAUAUGGUCCCCAUUGAAGUAGCACUUUAACGCCAUUAAACAUUUCUGUAUCUGAACUGAGUGGUGUUCGUCCAUCGUGGUCAUUCCUGUCACUCAGCCCCGCUCCGUGUGCUGAGGAGAAGGCCCCCAGCAAGUCUGCUGCAGACCUUUGCAUCAUUGUAAAUUGCCUGUGUUACAAAUAUUCUGAUGUUUCCCCCCACUCCCCUCUGAAAUGUGUCAUCCCCUGUAAGAGGCACCACACGGAACUGCUCUUUCUGUGCCUGUAAUGAGCAAUUUCUGUUUGGUUUGGGUGUUUUAAAUUUGUUUGCUUACUCUGUCCUUAAAUCUGUUUUCACUUGUGUGUAUGUAAUCCAGUGGCGGUCCAUCUGUUGUUCUUCCUUCUGGGAGGUGACCUGGCAGGAGCAGGAGUCUGUCACAGACUGAAUUGAGCUCUAGGUUAACAAAUGGGGGCCGAGGGUUUUGAAAGAAAUGCUACUUGAAUUUAUGUUUGGGUAUAAUCUCUGCAUGACACAAGAUUUUGGACAGUCUUCUGAGUGGUGAGAAGUGGGAAACUUCAGCUCUAGAAAGGCCUUAUUUGUUUAUUCACUAUGAUUCUCCUUGAAAGUGUUGGCUGCUAGCAGCCUUGGUACUGAGCAGAUGAAUACCAUUGGGGUUUAUUUAUUUAUGACCUUUUUUCUGUGGCUCUCCCAACACCUCCCCCUUCUGAUUUUUCCUGUUUGUUUUAAAUGACCGCUUAGGAAAGAAAUGUCACAGCUGGGAAAUACUGAAGUUCAAGAAGUGGGGAAUGGCUUUGCUCUCCUUGUUGGUAUAAACCAGUGAUGUGUCUCUGUUUGGAAUAAACAUGUCUGAAAUGGUUGCUUCUA